ACGGGAGCUGUCCGAGUCUGUAGUGCUGCUCUGAUUUCGUUGAACGCUCGUGAGUGGGUUUAUGGACGCGAUGGAAGAAGAACUGAAAUGCCCGGUUUGCGGUUCUCUCUUUAAGGAGCCGAUUAUUUUACCGUGCUCUCAUAAUGUCUGCCUGGCGUGUGCUCGGAAUAUCAUCGUGCAGACUCCGGAGGGAGAGACCCCUCCGCAGAACCGAUGCUCCUCGGACUAUGACUAUCUGGAUAUGGACAAGAUGAGCAUGUACAGCGAGACGGACAGCGGCUACGGCUCAUACACGCCGUGCCUGAAGUCUCCCAACGGAGUGCGCGUGUUCCCGCCGGCUCUGGUGAUGCACCGCCACUGCUCCAUCACCUGCCCGCUGUGCCACCGCAGCGUGUCCCUGGAGGAGCGCGGGCUCCGCGGCUUCCAGCGCAACCGGCUGCUGGAGGCGAUCGUGUCCCGCUACCAGCAGAGCCGCGCCGCCUCCGUCAAAUGCCAGCUGUGCGACCGCAAUCCGGUGGACGCCACGGUGAUGUGCGAGCAGUGCGAUGUUUUCUACUGCGCUCCGUGCCAGCAGCGCUGCCACCCCUCCCGCGGACCGCUGGCCAAGCACCGGCUGCUGCCGCCGGCUCCAGCGCAGGCGGGGACCGCGCAGCCGGCCGGCGCCUCCGCGCGCAAACAGACGACCUGCGUGGAUCACGAAACGGAGAACUACAGCAUGUACUGCGCCAGCUGCAAGACCCCCGUGUGCUACCAGUGUCUGGAGGAGGGCAAACACGGCAAGCACGACGUGAAGCCCCUGGCCGCCAUGUGGAAACAGCACAAGUGUCAGCUGUCCCAGGCAUUGAAUGGAGUGUCUGACAAAGCCAAGGAGGCCAAGGAGUUCCUGGUGCAGCUGAAGAACUUGCUUCAGCAGAUACAGGAGAAUGGCGUUGAAUUUGAGGCAUGUCUGGUCGCUCAGUGUGACUCUCUGAUUGAAGCGCUCACUCGGCAGAAGGCCAAACUGCUCACCAAGGUCACAAAGGAGAAAGAGAGUAAGCUGAAGACCGUAAAGGAUCAGAUAACUCACUGCACCAUGAAGCUCCGACAGACCACAGGAAUGAUGGAAUUCUGUCUGGAGGUUAUUAAAGAGAACGAUCCCAGUGGAUUCCUACAGAUCUCAGAUGCGUUGAUAAAGCGCGUCCUGUCGUCUCAGGAACAGUGGGUAAAAGGUGCAUUGGAGCCAAAGGUCUGCCCAGAAUUCGCCUUGACCGUCAACACUGAUCCUCUGAUGCAGUCGAUUCUCCAGCUGGACUUCACCCAGAAUAAAGAUGGUCAGGAGGCUGCUUUAUUGAAACAAAUGCAUGCAGGUGACCAGAAAGAGGAGGAGAGCACAGGAGCGGAGACCACCACAGUGCCUCCUGCACCGCUGUUGCAGUUGGAAAAAUGCUGCAUGCGGAACAACAGCGCCACUCUGGCCUGGAGGAUAACUACGGUCCAAGCCCUGCCUGUAGAGGGUUACGUGCUGGAGCUGGAUGACGGGAAUAGCGGGCCUUACCGGGAAGUCUAUGUUGGGAAAGAGACCAUCUGUACAGUGGACGGCCUUCAUUUCAACAGUUCAUACAGCGCUCGAGUCAAAGCGUACAACUCUGCUGGAGUGGGAGCAUACAGCAAAGUUGUUGUUUUGAAGACAUCUGAUGUGGCAUGGUUCACCUUUGACCCUACGUCAGCUCACAGAGACAUUGUCCUAUCGAAUGAAAACCAGACUGUGACUUGUAACAGUUACGAUGAUCGCGUGGUGCUCGGGACGGCUGCCUUCUCCAAGGGCGUGCAUUACUGGGAACUUAGUGUGGAUCGCUAUGACAACCACCCCGACCCCGCAUUCGGUGUGGCACGGAUUAAUACGAUGAAGGACAUGAUGCUAGGGAAGGACGAUAAGGCCUGGGCCAUGUAUGUGGACAACAAUCGCUCCUGGUUCAUGCACAACAACUCCCACACCAACAGGGCUGAGGGUGGCAUCACAAAGGGUUCGACUGUGGGAAUUCUGUUAGACCUGACAAAACAUACCCUGACCUUCUUCAUCAACAAACAGCAGCAUGGACCCAUGGCUUUUGAGAACCUGGAGGGUGUGUUCAUGCCCGCAGUUAGCCUCAACCGCAACGUCCAGGUGACUCUAAUCACAGGUCUGGAAGUCCCAAAGAGCAUCAUGUGAUCAUCUUGGACCAAUAAGAACGAGCCAGACCUUUCUUGUUAAACAAAUCAGUGCUCUUAGACUGCAUUGACAUAUUACGCUAAUAUUAAUAUUUUUCCCCUUAUGGUCAUAUGGGUGAUUUGCAUUUCAGUGUUUACAAAUCAUUCCCAUGUUUACAGAAAAGCAAACUGCGAUGUCUUCUCCACGGGGGCCAAAACUGGAGUCAGACCCAAAAGCACUUUGAAGUAGACUUAUGCCUCUUUUUCAUACCUCCAACGAAUAGCACAGAUAGUACAGUUUCAAAAACAUAAUUGGAUUAAAACCAACUUAUUAGCUAUUUGAUAUCUUAGCACUGGAACAGAGUGAUCAAACGCAACGAUAGUGAUCAAACAACUGUGAGACUAAAAGUGAAUUUGAAAAUAUUUCAGGUCAAUCUCACAUGCUACACAAAUCUCAGGUUUACUCACCUUUAAUGCGCUUCAAAAGCCCUCAGUAAUAUCACCACUCAGACCAUGAAACUGGGUCAAGACAAAAGCCCUACGUCAGAUAAUGGUGAAGUUUACAGUCUCUUCAGUUCAUAGUUCCACAAGCAAAAUUGUAAAUCUUAUCGCUAAUAUUACACUUCUGCUGAAUUAGCUGCACAAUUUGACGAGAAAAAAAAAACAAAACAACGAUCGUAGCACAGACAGUGCCGGAUGAGUUACAUGCUGAAGUGUAAUACUUAACGUAUGCACAAUUGUCUUAGCAAACAGCACUAAAACACACAAGAAAAAACUCCAGGUUUACAGAAAUGAUAUAAUUCCUGCCAUUAGAGAUAGACUGUGCCCUCACCGCCAAGUAGACUUAGCCUUGGUGCUUUAUAUGAGCCACAGUUGUGAAUAUUUAGCCAGAAUCUCAACUCUGAGGUCUCCUUACACUGUGACCGACAUAUUCUUUAAGAGUCUUGAAGUUGAAGUGUGUAAUUUUCUCCUGUCUCAGCUUAAUAUGCAGAGAUAAGCCAUUUUAGGUUGAUUUCACAGAAAAGUGUAAACACUGAUUCAAAACAUUGCUCGGUCUACCCCUAGCAACGACUCAACCAGUAGUGAGUGUUUAGGGCGGGGCUAUCUGUAUUUCUGACCAAUGACAAAUGAGUGGUCGGGAAACCUGUUUGAAAACAGUCACUAUUUUUGUAAAUGUAUUUAGUGAUGCAAAAAUUACACACUUCGACUUUAAAUACAUGACAGACUCGAGCUUCAUACACCUCAAUACAAGUAAAUGAUCACUUCAUGGUUCAAUCAGUAUUAUUUCCUUUAACGCUUUUUUUAGAUUCUGAUGUCGAAAUACAGAGUCAUACCAUGUAGUUGGAAAAUAAAAGAUUGCAUUGCAUGAUGUACAGCUGUAAAUAUGGUCAAAGCAGUGAAGCACGCAUGAGUUACACAUUCAUUAUAUUGAAUUUGUGUUACAUAGUGUGAUGACAUGGUUGAGACAGGAAUCUGCAAUCUGCCUCCUAUUGUUUGUUGUGUGGAAUUAUUUUCUGAUAACGUAGCUUUGAGUUAAAACCCCAAAAUGCUACAUAACUCCAUAACAGCGCUUUUAUUCUCAUAAAACCAGUCACAUUAAAUGCUACGAGGAGUCACAUAUGGACCUUGCAAUAGGAGAUACAAGCCUAUGUUCAGCUUAUACCUCUGUUCAAAUUACAAUGGUUUCAGGGAGAAAUGAGAGAUAAAUUAAAAAUAUUAUAUUUAUGUUUAUUAUCCUGUCCAGACAUUAAUUUACGGGAUUAUGGGAACAGAUAAUAACCCAUUGGUGAUGUAAAGCAUGGGAUGUUGUUGAUAUUUAUAACGCGUUUGUAUGAAGAGUGUAAUUAAUGUAAAUAGCUUGAGCCAAUGCUUUUAUCUCGCAGUGAGUGCUUUGCUGUCAGGAGUACCAAACUAAAACAGGGCAGGUACUGGCAUUAAAUAAGUGCAAUGUGAGCACUUGUUAAAAAAAAAGGAGCUGUGCUUAAAGGAAUGUUCUGGGUUCAGUCAGGGCCAUCGAGAAUGUUGUUCCAGGUCAUUCAUCAACAUCUUUACACUACUAUGAUGGGCAUUUCAAGUAUAAAUCACAGAAAAAUGUAAAAAAUACAUCCGUGAAAUAACAGAAAAAGUACUGGCAGCUCAUUACACACGACAUUAUCCAUUCAUUUUACGGACAUUUCUGUGAACUCUAAAACACAAUGCAAUGAAGUGUGAAAUUAAAAAUACUGGUAAAACACCUGCAAAAAAUAAAUAAGGAAAAAUUCCUUUAAAUUAUACAGUAUAUUGUGCCCUAUUUUUACCAUUUUUAUUUAGAGCGUAGCAGUAAAACACCAACACAGGUACCAACACAAUCUCAUGGCAGUUUCUAACUAUUUUACAUUUUGGCAAAUUGGUGACUAAUUCAUAUGAGCUUCUACAAUCUCACUCGUACAUUUUCAUAGGAUCUAUUUAUGCCCCAGUGACGGUUAUGUUUAGGGGUAGGGUUAGAGGUGGACAUUCAUGCUUGCUUUUUCGCUAAAAAUCAUACAUUUUUAUCUGAUAACAUUUUAGUAGGGAAGAAUUCGUACAAGUGCUUUAGCUGCAUAUUUCCACUUCUUGACCCUUCAGAACAUUUCACCCCAUAGACCUCCAUUGUACUGUAAAAGUGCCAAGUUUAAUUAUUGUCAUGUGGUAACUGCCAACAUGCCACAUAUGCUGUCCAUAUGCACUUUUUCAUAUUUAUGACCAUCAGCUGGCAAAGUAAUGGCGAUAAAUACAGAAAUACAGCCAUCAAUGGAUUUGAUCCAUACAAAGUACCAGAAAACAUUUUUACAGGUCUCAGGUUAGCCCAAACAAAUGUAACUUUCAUAGACAUUUAUAUAUUUAAUCUCUGUAUGUAAUGCCAGUGUAUGGAGAGCACCGAUAUACAAGUUUUCAUUUCACAGCCAAUACUUGCUAAUGAGUUGCCAGUGGUCAUAAUUAUGGACGAUGAGCCGGAAAGUCAUGUGACUGAAACAGAUGGAUAGCUAAAGCUGAACUUUGAGCAUUCCUUUAAAUCCAGUUUAUACUGUGGGUGACGCCUGCCAAAACUGCCGUCUGUCCAAAAGGAUCUAUCUUGCUGAAUAGUUUUUUUUUUUUUUUACAGUGUCAUUUUAAAUAUCACAACAGACUUUUUUGUUUGUAUUAAAGUAUAUUUAAAAGUUUAUGUCAAUGUAGAUAAUAGAAACACUGGUCAUGUACUGAAUAUGAAACAAAAUGCACUCAAAAAAGUUUGCUCAGAUUGGAAUAAUGCUGAUAUGAGAACUUGAGAGAAUGCAUUGUAUAUGUAUGAUAAUAAACCAACUGUACAGUAAUAGAGAAUUCAUAAGCUAAAUAUGGAUAUAAACCAGAAUCAUGGGAGAAAGGAUGUGUAUGAGGAUAUUUUACUUCCUCAAUGGUUGAGGAAGUCAACUUGCAAUUCCUGCCCAGCUGAAUUUAUUUAAACUAUCAUACCAACUGCCAUAGCCUAAAAUAUCCAGAUCUUGGACAUGAAUAGUUUUCCUUACUUUUCCAGUUUCUCACAGUCAAUAUUCAUUAGGCUGAGAAAAUGAACGUCUUGUGCUGUGCCUCAUUCACACAAAUCUGCCAAAAUUAGAGACGUUGCUUUGGAAUGUGGUGUGUUUUCACUCAGACUGGAAGUCAACAAACUUAAAACUUCAUAUCAGGGUGUUUCUUCAUUUAUGGUCACACUGUAAAAAAAUCCAACUUUCGAAAAGUUCUACUAACAAAUGUAAAAAAUAAGUUGCCUUAAUUUUUGGAACUUCCAGAACUUUUGUCAUUUUUUUAACCAACAAAUGUAAUUUCCAUCUUAUCUCAAAUGGAAAUUACAUUUUAAACAUUUUGGAAUAUAAUGGCCAGUGUUGGGGGUAACUCUUUACAAGUAAUGCAAGUUACGUAAUCAGAUUACUUUUUUUUUUCUCCAAGUAAGUAGUAAAAUAACGCAAUACUUUUAAAUUUAAUAGAACAUUUCUGAGUUACUUUUUUUAAAUAAAAAUAAAGUUUUAAAUAAAGUUACUUUGUUUUCCCAUUUAUUCACUGACAGCUCUCUUCUCUUGUCCCCGUAUUGAGAGAAAUUGGGAGUGAGGUGUAAAGGCAGAGACACGUCCUUCUGCCCGAGGCUUAUAAAUUUCACUUGUGGUGGGAAAGGGCUUUUACAUUUGCCAAGAAUAUAACUUUUGGGAUUUUUGUUAUUCAAAAUUAAGCAAGCCCAGCUCAGGUGACAAAAAGUAAUGCAAAAGUAACGUAAAGGAUUAUUUUCCAUAAAAAGUUACCAAGUUACUUUUUUGUGGAGUAACGCAAUAUUGUAAUACAUUACUUUUAAAAGUAACUUUCCCCAACACUGAUAUUUACUUUGAUUUUACCUUAUUUUUUUAGCUAGCUGUGCAUUAAACUGUUUUAAUGCACGAUGUGGAGGCCAACAACCCGACGCGAAGUGCAUUAAAAUCAUUUAAUACACAGAUAGUCGUGCAUUAUCCCGCUUAUACCACGGUCAUUUGCUAGCGUUGACAAGUUAAAGCAGUUAAUGAUGUUUGCAGCAUAAUAUUUGACCGGAAGGAUACAAAGUGAGGUUAUUUUCACAUUAUUUUACAUUCAAAUCAGACAGAGAUGAAAUAGUGUGAAAUAUCACAAGCCUUUUAAUGUGACCAAUCAUUAACAAAGGUAACAUCAUAAUCCUUGGGACAUAAAAGGAGAUGGUCCUCACUGCAGAACACAAGAUCCAGGGGGUGUGGUUGGAUCUAGAUCCAACUCCUCCCACCUUACAUUUACCUAAACCUACCCGUCUCCACCCCCUGAUCCCUAAACCCACCCAUCCCCACCCCUAAACCUACCCAUCCCCACCCCUAAACCUACCAAUCUCCACCCCCUGAUCCCUAAACCCACCCAUCCCCACCCCUAAACCUACCCAUC